AUGAGCAUUGAAAUGGAACAAGCAGCAAAUUCUGUAUUGCAAGCGACCGGCGACGACGCUUCUCUGGACGAACUGAGCGACGUCGAGGUCGACGGAGAUGGCUCAAGUUCUUUGAGCGAAAUUGAAGAUAAGGAUGCCGAAGGAGAAGAGGAAGGAGAGGUGUCGGAUGCCCUCAGCGAUGUUUCAAACGAGGACAACGAUAGUGAAGCAGAAACAGAGCGCCUAGAUCCAUCUCCGAACAAAUUUCGUCCACAUCAGGACGUCGUCCUGAGCUCGCAGAACAAUCAAGUUUACGAACGCAGUCCAAGCAAGCUCAAUAAGCAGAUCACUGCUGAGGAACCAGAGGAGGAGGAAGAGGAGGACGAGGAGGAAGAAGAAGAGCUAUUGUCUGACGACGACAUUUCUGUCAACGAGUCUCCCGAGUCACCAAGAAGCCCCGCCCUAGAUGAGCCCGAACUUGAGCCCCCAACUGCUGCUAUGUCUCUGCAAGACUCAUCGGGAGAAGGGAAGAAGACAUUGUCAACUAUGGAUCCAGACACAAAGAAGCGCAAGCGCUCGAUCAUGGGCGGGGGCGUGUUCGAUGAUGACUUGGAUGAGCCUCUGCGCAAGCGCACUGGUUCUGUCCUUACACCAGGGGAUGAUUAUGCUGUCGAGGACGAGAUAAAUCACGAAGAAGAAGUAGACAAUUCGAAUCCCAUCAGCGGGGACGUCUCCGGAGACGAGGCAGAGCCGGCGCAAGAAGAAGAUGUGGGCGAGGACAAUGAGGAUCAUGUCGCAGAUGAAGGAACAGUCCCCGAAGUACCUGACUCAUUAGUCUCACCGAAGAAAAGGGGACGUAAGAAGAAGAAGGAGACAGAAAAUGGGGUGGACAAUCACGACGAUCCAGAGACGGGAGCUGAGGGCGACGCGGUCUUGAAUGGCAAUCUCGAGGUUAGGAAUGGCGAUGAAGACCAUGCAGACAAUGAGGGAGACGACGAGGCUGAAGCCGCAUUGAAGAACGAAGAAGAGCGUGAGUCGAAAACAAGCAGUCCGGUCGAUACUGGGACACUAACGCGGACUUCAGUCGAGAGGAAGAGAAUAGCUUUGGACCAAUUGACAUCAAUAGAACGGCAGUUUGCAACUUUCAGGGACAGACUCUAUGACGAGCGCCUCGAGCAAUUGAAUCGCGAAGAGGCGAUGCUUCGACAAGACAAACCUACCCACCCCGAAUACCUCGCUAUGAUGGAGUGUAUCGAUGCUCGACGGGAUGCUAGAUUUCGAGUGGCAGACAAUCUGAGGGAUCUUGAGAUGGAAAGCCUUCGGAUUACUGCUGUAGCCAAGAGAAGUCAGAUUCUCACACAAUACCAGCAAGACGUUCGUCAGAUUCGGGAAAAGAAGCUAGAACAAUUAGGCCAACAAUGGUAUGAGAUACAGCAUGAUAGGAGAAGCUACGCAGGCAGUGUGCCGGAUUAUGCUCUUAAAUUCCCUACUGUAAGGCCGCAACAGAUCAUGAACCAGGUGGCAUAUAGCAACGAAGUUUCAAUUCUUUCCGGGGUCGCGAAGUAUGUUGGCUUUCCAGCAGCUCCAAAUAUGGCUGCUGCCACGUCCGCGGAACUCGAAGAAGACUUGGAGAAGAUGGGUCGAGUAAAGCAUACCCAGGUUCCACCUCCUGGCUUACCUUUGCAGGAAUUGGCUGCAUUACGCACCGUUGGCUCAACAUCCCGUUUUAAGCCUGCUGAAGAACAAUUCAUUGAGCAGACGCCAUGGGCAAAUCCACAACAUCCUUCACAUGCCCACCUACUCCAACGACAGACUUCUGCACAACAACCCCCCCGAACCACCAGUCCGUUCUCUCAAGUGCAAGUCCAGCCCCGGCGACAUUCUCACCAGCAAGGAUCUGGAGGCCCUAUUUCUGGCACCUUCACAACUACUUCACAUCAUACUUCAAAUGGAGUGUCCAUGUCUGGAGGAAGGAUAUCACCGCAUAAUCCCUUCGCCAAUUCAAGCCAUUCUCAUACCAUAGCCCCAUCGCCUCUUGGUAGCCGCCAGACAUCUCUAUCUCCCCAACAGAAUCGUCUACUAUCAGCAGUACCGGAUCCGCAACACACUUUACCACCACCACAAGAUAUUCCCAAGAGUAAUGGAGCUCAUCAAUCACCUCCAAUUACUCAUGCGGAAGGACCUCGUGACUUCUCUCAUGAAGUUAGACGAGACAUGGCAGAAGCCAGGCGAGAAGCAGCUUCAAUGAUGAGUCGAUUCUGA